GGAACAUAUGGCGCCCCAUUAGGUGAAUUGAAAAAGAUGCCAGCUGGCUUGAGCCAAAAGUCCAUUACAGGAAUAGAGUUGUAAUAUUAAGAACUUGUUAAAAUGGAAAGAAAGUUGAAUGCUUUUCAUAAGAAUAAAUCACGAUCGCAAACAGACCUACAAUAUAAAAUUACAUCUGAUGGAAAAGUCAUUUCCACUGGAGGAAAGAACAAAAGUGUUGAUGAUGAACUAUUUGACAUGUGUGCACUAAGUGGAGUAAAGAUGGAUAUUGAUGUGUUUCGCAUAAUGAUAGAUUUACUAAGACUUAAUGUAAACCCAAACACAUUGAUAGAUGUUUUAAAGAAAAUGGCAAAUCAAAGAGGAAUGAAGUCCUCAAAAAGUUCGGAAGAUAUAUCAAGGGUUCGGAAGAAAAGUUCCUCAGACAAAGGAUCAACCUAUGCUGUGUAUUUAGAGUCAAAGGAUGAUUCAAAACCAUCAGCAAAUGUGGAUUUGAUUUAACUGAGUUUUUCAUUGGUUAAAAUUUCCCAUCUGGUACGAAGCUGGACAUGUUUUGGAUUUAUAUGUUUUAGCUUUUGAUAUAAAAAACACAAGCUAUGUUUUUAAGUACAAUAUAGGUCAGGAUGUAAUUUUAUUAUAUGUGAUAAUUGAGCAAAAAACAUUUUAAUCUAACCUUGCACUGCCCAAGGCCUUUUAAGUCACUCUAAAAAACAGUGUUAUUUUGUGUAUAAAUUGUAUCUAAUACUACACUCGAUUUUCCGUUGGGAAAAAGCUAUCCAUGUUAAAGUAGAACUACCCAAAGGUUCUUCUUUUUGUUGGUUUAAAUAACUACCAUUUUAAUAUAACUUUCUACUUUUUGAAAAACAAAUGAAGUAAUUUGAUUGUAAUAAUAACAUCUCAAAUAUAAUAAUAGCAUUUUGACUUUUUGUAUGAAAGUUUGCUGCCUUGUAUUUUACAUCUGCAAAGCAUAAGGUUUUAUUACAGAUGAUGGCAUAAUUUGUUUUUAAUAUUUUUUAUAAAAAAGUGUAGCAUGUAAUUAUUAAA